AUGCAAGUUUUGCAAAAAAGAAGCACAGGAGGAAGAAGAAAAGACGAGACAGAGGCCAGAAAGGCAGACAAAAGGUACGACGAGAGAGUGAAAAUCGCCCUGGGCCAGAGUCGCAGACCCAGACAACCGCGGGAGGAAGAUAUCAGGCAGGAGUCAAGAGGCGAAAAAGCAGCAGAGUCUUCCUGGUUCCACUGGCCUCCGUAUUCCGUACCUUAUCUGGGGCCCUUUUUCGUCUAUUGGAUUUUUUCACUACUGACUGCUCACUACUGCUAUACUUACUGGCGCCGUCUGGAUACUAGACUCGAAACCUUCCCUGCCGCUUAUCGCGGAGCCUACAAGUACAAUUUAACUAGAGGAUUCAGGCAGAUCAAGGAAGCCUGCUGGGAGUGCCUUGACUUUGAUAACUAG